AUGAGCGACUACAAUGGAGAGCGCCGCGAAUCGCCACACGUCACAAUCUCCUACAGAGACGACGAGGACGAUGACAAAAAUGUCCACCCUCACACACACCUUCUUUCCUCCACCAUCUCAGCCUCCCAGCCUGCUGUCCCAGCGAAGCGAAGAUCAUGCUUUCGCCGCAUCGUAUUAUUCAUCGCCAUGAUCGCUAUGGGUAUUGGCAUCUUCGAGCUUGCCUUCCACGGCAAAGAAGCAGAAUCGCUUCAAGUGGCAAAGCAAAAGGUCGUCGAACUCCAACAAGAACUCGGACAGAAAGUCAAAAGCAGCUAUGGCAAGAUGAUGGCCACCAUCUCUCAGCUUCCCACUACCCCUUCUCCCAAGGGAGAAGCUGGAAAGACCCAAACGAAAGAAGGCGAAGCAGAGCUUGACACGAUCAAAAGCAAGUCUGUAAUCGUUCUCAAAACUGGAGCUUCGGUCUUGUUCGAUCGUCUUCCCAUUCAGCUUUUGCAAGCGCAGCAAGUGAUUCACCCUCAAGUCCACCUCACCGGGCAACUGAAUUACAGCGGACCGACGUACUUGAUUUAUUCAGAUGCAGAUAUCCAAGUCGGUCUCUUUGCUGUGCGAGAUGCUCUCACCAACGUGUCGUCAUUCGUUCGGAACGAUAAGGCUUUUUCGACUCAAUACAAACAGCUGCACACUCUUUUAUCGAGCGGAGACGAUUUUAAAGCUAGCUCGUUCCGAGAUGGUUGGACUCUUGACAAGUGGAAAUUCCUCUACAUGUGGGAAGAUGCAUUCCACCGCAACCCCGACGCUGAUUGGUAUAUUGGAUACGAAGCCGACACCUACGUCCUCUGGGACUCGCUCUUCAAGUUUCUCUUGACCCAAGAUGCAGGUAAAGAGCAGCUGUACGGCUGUCCCUCAAUACUUGUCAGAAAUCAGGAACUGUUCGCAAAUGGCGGCUGUCCAUAUGUUAUUUCCGGAGCACUGAUGCGAGCUACGUAUGGUAAAGAUCCGCAUUUCGCUUCCAAGUUCGACAAAGAGGUCAAAGUGUCUUGCUGCGGUGAUGCAGAGUUGAGUAUCGCCUUGCGUCACUCCGGAUCUGCAGUCAUCAGGAAUCUGGCCAAUGCCGGAGCGAGGUUCCAAGGAGAACGUCCACGAGAGAUUCUGUUUGAUAAAGACAACUGGUGUCAACCCGUCUUGAACUUUCAUCACCUUAAGACCGAAGAAGUAUCCUGGCUCUCACAGGUUGAGAAAAGUAUUCGCGAGCAAAAGUCGGCCAAUCAGACCAUUCUGUAUUCUGACAUUUUCGAUCAUAUUCUACCUCACAUUCUUACUGUCGCUCUGGAGGGCCUGUCAAAGGAAAGCAACGAGACCGACACCGUGGAGCUGAAUCCGACACAGGAUGACUGGGAGGCCUUCGGGAGUGCGGACAAAGGAGUGAAACAGGGGCGCAGAACAGAGGAUGUCAAGGACUGCAAGAAGCAGUGUCUCGACAGCAAAGGAUGCACGUCUUGGUUCUGGAUCAAAGUGACCGAACAAGACCCCGAUGGUGAUUGCUACCUCAUGCAUGGAGCUGUAAAGAUUGGUAAGUCGUACGAAGGUACUGGUCUCAGGACGAGCGGUUGGAUUGGUAAGAGGGUUGCAAGCUUCAAAGCGCACAAUUACUGCAAAGACCCUCCUGCAGCUUAG